GCACGCUGGAGGGCGCAGGGGCGGGGCCCCGAAACUCGGGGCGUGGCAGUAGCUAUGGCGGCUGUGUCCGGGCCAGUUCGCCUGCAGCGGUGCGUGGUGUCGCCGGCCGGGAGGCACAGCGCCUCUCUGAUUUUCCUGCACGGCUCAGGUGACUCUGGACAAGGACUGAGAAGGUGGAUCAAGCAGGUUUUAAAUCAAGAUUUGACGUUCCAGCACAUCAAGAUCAUCUAUCCAACAGCUCCCCCCAGACCCUAUACUCCUAUGAAAGGAGGAAUCUCCAACGUGUGGUUUGACAGAUUCAAAAUAUCCAACGACUGCCCGGAACACCUGGAGUCAAUCGAUGCGAUGUGUCAGGUGCUCACAGAUUUGAUCGACGACGAAGUGAAAAGUGGCAUCAAGAAGAACAGGAUAUUAAUAGGAGGAUUUUCGAUGGGAGGGUGCAUGGCGAUGCAUUUAGCAUACAGAAGCCAUCAAGAUGUGGCGGGAGUCUUUGCGCUUUCCAGCUUUCUGAAUAAAACCUCUGCUGUUUACCAGGCUCUUCAGGCGCGGGAGGGCGCGCUGCCGGAGCUGUUCCAGUGUCACGGGACCACCGACCAGCUGGUCCUCCCCUCGUGGGGGGCGGAGACGAGCGCCACCUUGCGGUCCCUGGGGGUGCGCGUGGACUACCACAGCUUCCCGGGGCUCUUGCACGAGCUCAGCCCGGGGGAGCUGGAAAGACUCCGGUCCUGGGUCCUCGCAAAGCUACCGGGAGAGACGGGAGGGGCCCGUGAGUGACGCGCGGGGACGUGUUCCCACACACGGAGUGUCUCUGCGAAGAGCGACUUUGACUGCCAGUGUGUCAUGUGAUCGGUGACCAUUAAAAUACUAAGAAAAUA